UGUGCUUCCAAACCGUGGGCGUGUUUUGUCAAAGGACUACAAUUCCCAGCGACCCCCGGGUGGAAGGCGCUCUGGGCAGGGCGGAGUCAGGGGCGGGAUGGUCUCGCCUUCUGCAUGGCCGAGAGAGAACUAAUUGCAGCGGCCAUUGGAAGGUCCAGAGCCGCCAACUGGGAGUCUCAAUGGCCUCGCCCCUCAAAGUCUGCAUCGUGGGCUCCGGAAACUGGGGAUCUGCUGUGGCUAAAAUAAUAGGCAAAAAUGUAAAGGCGAUGCAAAAAUUUGCUUCUACGGUGAAGAUGUGGGUUUUUGAAGAAACCGUUAAUGGAAGAAAAUUGACAGAUAUCAUAAAUAAUGACCAUGAGAAUGUAAAAUAUCUCCCUGGUUACAAGCUACCAGAAAAUGUGGUUGCUAUUCCAAACCUGAAAGAAGCUGUACAAGAUGCAGACUUGUUGGUUUUUGUUAUUCCUCACCAGUUUAUUCAUAAAAUCUGUGAUGACAUCACUGGACGUGUAGCCAAGAAAGCUGUUGGUAUAACUCUCAUUAAGGGAAUAGACGAAGGUCCAGAGGGACUCAGACUCAUUUCAGACAUAAUCCGAGAGAAAAUGGGAAUAGACAUUAGUGUGCUCAUGGGUGCUAACAUUGCCAAUGAGGUAGCUGCGGAGAAGUUCUGUGAGACUACAAUAGGUUGUAAAAUUUUGGAGAAUGGAGUCCUCUUCAAAGAACUUCUUCAGACUCCAAAUUUCCGAAUAACUGUGGUAGACGAUGCUGAUACAGUUGAGCUUUGCGGUGCUCUUAAGAAUAUAGUGGCAGUGGGAGCUGGCUUUUGCGAUGGCCUUCAAUGUGGUGAUAACACCAAAGCGGCUGUCAUUAGACUUGGACUCAUGGAAAUGAUUGCAUUUGCAAAGAUCUUCUGCAAGGGACAGGUGUCUACAGCCACCUUUCUGGAAAGCUGCGGGGUUGCAGAUCUCAUUACAACAUGUUAUGGUGGCCGCAACCGGAGAGUGGCUGAAGCAUUUGUUAAAACUGGAAAGUCUAUUGAAGAAUUGGAACAGGAAAUGCUGAACGGGCAAAAGCUACAAGGACCACAGACAUCUGCAGAGGUUUAUCGUAUCCUGCAACAGAAAGGGCUAGUGGAGAAGUUUCCACUGUUUGCUGCUGUCUAUCAAAUCUGUUAUGAAGGGAAACCUGUCCAAGAAAUGAUCUCCUGUCUCCAGAGUCAUCCAGAGCAUAUAUAAAACAUACUUUAUUUACCAUUGUCACAGCUCCUGACUUCUCAUGUCCAUAUGUGGAUUCAAAUGGGUAUAAUUUCAUUAAGCUAUUUCAUGAAACGGUUGUUAGCAAUAUGAAUGUCUCUGGGCUUGUGUGGGUCAUUUUUACUAAGUGUAAUAGAGAAACUCUUAAGAUGUCAUGUAUAGUUUCACUGACUAGAAUUCAAGAGGCUUCUAUAUGUAUAUCCUAGACAUAUACAUGUAUAUCUCUUCAUGCUAGGAGAGAUGCUUACUGUUUUUUGUGAACUUCAUUCUCUUCAUUUAUGGAAGUCACCAGUGAUUAUGAAACGACCUUUGGGAAGGUUUCCUCUUCUUUUAUGGCAGGGUUAGGCAGCAUUUACUUUUCCAGAUGUAGUUGUACUGCUGUUCCCAUGAGCCCCACUUUGUAUGGCUUCGAUGUUAUGGCAAUUGUAGUCCAACCACAUCUGGAGGGCCUCAGACUCCCUCAUCCCUGGUUGAUGGGGAUAAGAAAUGCUUUGAGAUGUCUCAAGGCUGUUUGCCGAAAAGCGCUAAAUUUCUAUAGAGCACUCCCAGCUUUUAAUAAGCUCUCCUCACCUUUGAUUGUAGUGAGCUAACGGACAUUAUAAUGAGUAUCAAUUUGAUAGCAUUUAUUUGGUGAAAGUGGGGCACUUUGAGCUUUGUACAUUAUAAAUUUUAAAUAUAUUUUGUGGGGGGAAAUUUAAGUGGGUGCAAUAUCUUUUUUUAGGGGAAUACAGUUGGCAGUAAUAUCUAUUCUCACCUAUGUUUGGCACUUCUUGAGCUUGGUGGUGAUUUUCCUCCAUUUUCUCUUUAGUAAAUGGAGUAUAUUUAUAAACAGAUUUGGUGCUUAGCAUCACACAUUUGAAACAAGAGAAUCGGCGAUGAGCCAAGUACAUGUAAGUUACAGGUAGAAAAUCUUUUGCCCUUCAGAUACCUUGAGCUGCAAUUCCCACAAUUCUUUGCCAUUGGCUAUGCUUACCAAGACCUCUGAGAGUCUUCUGGAGAGGCAAAGGUUCUCCAUUAUAAUACAGAAGACUGGAAGGGCUGUGUGAAUGCUUUGAUCCAACAGCUCAUUGCUGUCUUGGUCCAUAUUUGAGGAUACUCUGAUCUGAUCUUGUUGACAUGUUUGCGUCGGAAACUACUAGUAAAUAAUGUUGAGGGCACAGAAGAAUGAUUUUCUAAUUAUUUACUUAUUUGUCUUCUCCACAAACUUCAUUGUUUGUUUGUCUGUCCACUGACUGUGUGGGAUCCAGCAUUUCAGCACUUGGGUAGUUAUAUUACUGUCAAUAAUACAUCAAUUUCUGCUCAGAUUAUUGCACACCAAGGAAUGUGUUGGGAAUUCUCACUAACAUAGAUGUAAAGCAUAUGUGGCCUCCAAAUGUUGAAUUGAAACUCCCAUCAGUCCUAGCCAACACAGCAAGUUGUUAGGGAUGAUGGGAGCUGUGGUCCAGCAAGAUCUGGAUGGUCACAUGUUCCCAUCUCUUCCUUUGCACAUGAUUGUAUCUUUCAAUGAAUGAUGUCACAUUUAUGACUCCUUUUUUGAGUGCCUGCUGCUGUGCCUACAGCCUACCUGAUGUACCUUUUAGAAAUCCAUUUAACAAUAUUCCAUUGCCUUCAAAUGAGAGACGUUUCUGGAAGUCUAAGCUGCCUUUACUCUCCUUGUGUCUUAAAGGAGUUAAUAACUGAAAUUACUGCUCUUGAGAUAGAAUAUGUUAAUGAAUAUACCUAAUACUUUCCUUAAUUUCCUUAUUUUUAUUAUUUAACUCUGGUGGAAGAAAGGCAUCUUGAUACCUUUUGAAAAAGUCUUAUAAAAACGUAUUUAUGUGAUGGUUGAAUAGCUGAGAAUAAUGCCAAGUGUGUAGAAUAACAAAUCUGAAUCCUGUUAUGCUUCAGUGAGUAUUAUUUAUUAAAAUCAUUUCCUGCAUCUGCUCCAGGGAGCUCAAAAAGGUGUGCCCUCUUCUUCCUUCUUCAGUAAUUCAGUCCCACAGCGACACUGUGAAUUAGAUGAGGCUGAAAAUUCAUGAUUUGCCAAGUUUACUCAGUUAACUUCAUGGCAGAGUUGUGGAAUUUAAAUCUCCCCAGUCAUAGUUGACACUUGAACCUAGCCAUCCCCAACCUGUUGCCUUUCAAAUGUGCUGAACAUCAAUUCCUAUCAUCCUCUCAAUCAAGGGUUGUAGUACAUCAAGUCUAAAAAAUAUCAGGAUAGAGAAGGCUGCUUUAAUUGUAAUAAACUUUCUAUACAUUUCUGGCAGAGAUUGGCUUUAGAUGUUACUUAUUGCUUGCUGAAAGUUCAGAAUGCAGCUUCCCUGUCAUUUGGGACAAUUCGCAGUCUGUUUACAUUAUACUGUGGUCCAACAACUGUAACCUGAAUAUGCUUCUUGUGUUACCAUUUUGGUGAAGUAUGUUCAUUCAUUCCUGCUGUCAUAGGUGCAUUUGUUACACACCAUGAUCAUGCUUAAAACUUGAAUGGGAUGUUUUUACAGAUUGUAUCCUUCAUAGCACACAGUACCAUAUGAUAAAUAUGAUGGAAAUUGCUUUUAGAUGCAGACCAUGGAAUUCUUUGGGCAUAGCAAUCACAGUUUAAUAUAUUCAGUGGUGUAGUGUAGUCCAAGUCCUGGGAUUUUUUUAUUAUUAGUAAUGGGAGAUUACAGAAGACCCUCCACUUUUGUGAGGGUUAGUGGAAAACCCUCCAAAAAUCCCAAAGAUUUCUUUCCUGAGAGAAUACCUCUUUUUUGCUGUAAUACCUAUGAUUGCUGGAGCAGAAAAUAGCCAUUCCUACCAAGUAUGUGAGCUAUCCCUGUUGUAAUUCAAAGUGUAUUGCAAUGAGAUGGCUUGAUGUUGAGUGGACAACGAAGAUCCAUUAGCUUUACAGAAAGCUGCUCCUUGGGAGAAAUGAAAAAUGCUACUGGGGGGGGGGGGGGAAUCAUAAAUAAGAGCUACCUGCUGCAUAGUGGUUAUUAUGAGGAAUGUCACUUCAAAAUUUACCACUACAGCACUGCAUGUAUUUGCUAUAAGCAUGGACAUUUCACACACCCAAUCACUGAUGUACGUUCUGUGUGAGCAAAAAGGCCAAUCCUAACAAUAGCAAGGUAACUCAUGGAGCAGCAAAGUGUGCCGCUCGCACCAUAGCUGUCUCUACAUCUUUCCAUCCUUUCCCAACUCCGUUUGUCUUGCCAACAGGCCUUUGUCCUUCACAGUACCUUCUGCGGCUCCUCUAUUUGCCUGCCACUACCAAUCUGCCAACCUGCCAUCUAGAUAAAGAAACACCUGCCACCGAAACAUCUGGCAUGUCUUUACCGAGAGUACCAGGUAAAAGGUUGUUGGUGAGAAUAAAAACAAGGCAGGAAGAUAACUGUUGCUGCAGUAUAUAAGAUACAUAGGUUCUUUCUUAUCUCAGGUGGCAGGAGAAAUUGGGCUGCCAUCAGUGAGGAAAGGAUAACUUGUAACACAGCCUUUAGGAUAAUAGCUUAACAGUAUACUUAAUAAUAUACUUAUUAAUAUACUUAAUAGUAUAACCAGGAUGAGAAAACAGUCUUCCCCCAUGUCAUUGGUCUCCAAUUUCUAUCAUUCAAAAGAACUGCAUGCCAGCAAUAAAUGUAGGAGCACCGGUUUUCUAACCUUCCUAUACAUUUAAUAAAUGGAAAGUUGUUUCAUACACAGCAACCAGAUUUGGAAAGGUUUGGUCCUCAACACUAAUGAAAAAUCAGCUGUUCAUGGGAUAUAUUUUGCCUUAUUCUUUCGGUUUCACUAUCCUGUUGAGAAUUGAAGAUGGCCAAGAUUUAGAGUGGUUUUGAAUUUAGCGUGGUAGAUUUCCUUAAAGUAAAAUUUGCUGAAAAAUAUUAGGGUCUGUGCAUGUGAGGGAACAGCCAAUCAAUCAUUUGUGGGGUAUAAUGAGAAAAGAAAAUUGAUGUUUGUGGUAUAUAAUACUUUAUCUUAUGUGAAAUGAUUAUUGUUCAAUGUAUUAAUAAUCUAGGUUCAUGGGUCUUUUUUAAACAUGCAAUAUAUGUAUAACCAUUUGUUUUUGUGUAUGUAAUACAUAAAGGGCUCAGUAAUCUGAAUGUGGUUACGCGUACUGUAAACUCACUCCGCUUCAUGAAAUGAAAACUUGUAUUUGUCUCUUGUAAGGUCAUUUGAUUUUUGAAAACAGAUGGAAAUAUUACUGAAUGAUUUCUCUAACCACUGCUCAUUUUUAUUUUUUCAAUAAAAUGCAAGAUUCAGUGUG